AUGGCCUGCUGCUCCACUAGCUUCUGUGGAUUUCCCACCUGCGCCACCAGUGGGAACUGUGGCUCCAGCUGCUGCCAGCCCAGCUGUUGCCAGACCAGCUGCUGCCAGCCUAGCUGCUGCCAGCCAACCUGCUGCCAGACCAGCUGUUGCCAGCCAACCUGCUGCCAGCCCAGCUGCUGCCAGCCCAGCUGCUGUGGGACCAGCUGUGGCACUGGUGGUGGCCAGGAGGGUGGCUGCGGAGCUGUGAGCUGCCGAGUCAGGUGGUGCCGCCCUGACUGCCGCGUGGAGGAUACCUGCCUGCCCCCCUGCUGCGUGGUGAGCUGCACGCCCCCAACCUGCUGCCAGCUGCACCAUGCCCAGGCCCCCUGCUGCCGCCCAUCCUACUGUGGACAGUCCUGCUGCCGCCCAGCCUGCUGCUGCUACUGUUGCCAGCCCAGCUGCUGCCAGCCCACCUGCUUCCUGACCAUGGCCUGCUGCUCCACUAGCUUCUGUGGAUUUCCCACCUGUGCCACCAGUGGGAACUGUGGCUCCAGCUGCUGCCAGCCCAGCUGUUGCCAGACCAGCAGCUGCCAGCCCAGCUGCUGCCAGACCAGCUGCUGCCAGCCAACCUGCUGCCAGACCAGCUGCUGCCAGCCAACCUGCUGCCAGACCAGCGGCUGCCAGCCAACCUGCUGCCAGACCAGCUGCUGCCAGCCCAGCUGCUGUGGGACCAGCUGUGGCACUGGUGGUGGCCAGGAGGGUGGCUGCGGAGCUGUGAGCUGCCGAGUCAGGUGGUGCCGCCCUGACUGCCGCGUGGAGGACACCUGCCUGCCCCCCUGCUGCGUGGUGAGCUGCACACCCCCAACCUGCUGCCAGCUGCACCAUGCCCAGGCCCCCUGCUGCCGCCCAUCCUACUGUGGACAGUCCUGCUGCCGCCCAGCCUGCUGCUGUUACUGUUGCCAGCCCAGCUGCUGCCAGCCCACCUGCUGUGAGCCCACCUGCUAAAA